GAUAUUCUUUGACUCUACAAGAUGACUUCGUCUAAGAUGAUCCUUAGAAUCGUUAGCAUCGUUUUCAUUGCAUUCGAAGAAUGCCUGUUGCCAAGACCCGUUGAUGCAUUUUUUACGACAGAAUCUACCACACAUACUUCUGAACACUCAGAUGCUAUCACUACGGCUCUAACAGCAACAACUACAGAAUCGAUAACAACGGCAACAACAACAACAGAUUAUACAACACAAUAUACAACAACACCACUUAGAACUACAGAAUCGACAACAAUAGUAACAAUACCUGAGACAACACGAUCGACAACAGCAGCAACAACAACACAUGGAACUAUAGAAUCGAUAACGACAUCCUCUCCUAGUUUUGUGGGAUCGACAGCAACAACAACAACAACUACGACAUAUUUGCCCGUGGCAUCGGUUACAACAGAAACAACGGCACAUGAACCUGUACAAUCGAACACAACAACAACAUACAGAACUGAUUCCACGUCAGAUACAACAGGAACAUCAGCAGAAUCAACACAAGGGACUGUCGAAACAGCCACUCCUUCUAAUAUUACAGAGGCCCAGAAAUCAGCUGCUUCCACAGCGAUCUCAAGUGAGAUUAUAUUUUACUAUGCAACUGUUAUUUUAGGACAGAGUUUGAUUAGAAGAUAUAUCAACUUUUGAGGGCUUAACUAUUUUCAUUACUUCAGUGACAGUUUUGUGACAUUAUAAAAACUGGAGAUUUUACUGACCAUGUACUGUUGUCAGCUAAAGGCGCUUUCAACAGUGUAUUAUCAAAUAUAAUAAUAACUAAGAAUCGAAAUCAAUUAAAAAUCUUGUGUAUUUUCAAAUAUUCUCCGAACCUUUGGAAUGAAAGUUUUUUUAAAAGUUACUGUUUUAAAAUUGAUAUAUCUUAUAUUGGUCUUCAGUAUGAUAAAUUAUGAAUAAAUCUUACAUUUUG